AUGUCGCAACUCACUCCCCUCCGACCUGGCGUCUAUGCCCCGACUAUGACUUUCUUCGAUCCCGUCACUGAGAAUCUCGAUGUUGCUUCUAUCCGCCGUCACGCCGUUCGCCUGGCCAAGGCUGGCCUGGUUGGUCUCGUCACUAUGGGAUCCAACGGCGAAGCUGUUCACCUUACAAAUGAGGAGCGCAUGACCGUCACUCGAGAGACCCGAUCAGCCCUCGACGAGGCCGGCUUCCAGAAUGUGCCCGUCAUCUCCGGUGCCAGUGAAAACAGUAUCCGAGGCACCAUCGAGCUAUGCAAGCAGGUCGCUGCUGCUGGCGGCGAGUACGCCCUUAUUGUUCCCCCAAGCUACUACCGUGGCGCCGUUGGCAACGACGAGACUCUGUACGAGUACUUCACAUCCGUGGCCGAUGGCUCCCCGGUCCCUCUCAUCCUCUACAACUACCCUGGCGCCGUCGCUGGAAUCGACAUGGACUCCGAUCUCAUUAUCCGCAUCUCUGAACACCCCAACAUCGUCGGCACCAAGUUCACCUGUGCCAACACCGGAAAGUUGACACGCGUCGCCUCCGCCCUGGGUGCUAUUGUUCCUCCCUCCCCACUUGCCCCCACCCAGCGUGCCGCCCCCACAGUCUCCAAGCCUAACGCCAAGCACCCCUACGUCGCCUUUGGCGGUAUCGCCGAUUUUGCUCUCCAGACCCUCGUGUCUGGUGGUUCUGCCAUUCUGGCCGGUGGUGCUAAUGUUAUCCCGCGUCUUUGUGUGCGCAUCUUCAACCUCUGGUCUGAGGGCCGUCUUGCUGAGGCUAUUGAGGCGCAGCAACAGCUUAGCGCUGCUGACUGGGUUCUCACCAAGGCUGCUAUUCCUGGCACUAAGUCUGCCAUCCAGUCCUACUAUGGAUAUGGAGGCUACCCUCGCCGACCUCUGGCCCGCCUCAGCGAUGCUCAGGCUAAGGAAGUUGCCGAUAAAAUUAAGUCUGCAUUGGAUGUAGAGCUGUCGUUGAAGGAUGUGGUAUAA